UUUCGACGUAUGUUAACCUUUUUUGGUUAGCCUUUGUAAAUUACAUAUGAUGCAUAGUUCGUACAAGCUUAUUAGCAAAAAAAAUUCAUAUCGGAUCUCAAAUUAUGUGUCUCAAAAAAUUCUUGCACAUACAAGAGCAUCUCCAUCAAAUAGCAUAUCAAAAGAAUAUCCUGUCAUUGAUCAUACAUACGAUGCCAUCGUUGUAGGGGCAGGUGGUGCUGGUCUAAGAGCAGCAUUUGGUCUUGCUAAUGCUGGUUUUAAUACUGCAUGUGUUACUAAAUUAUUUCCAACUAGAAGUCAUACUGUUGCAGCACAAGGUGGAAUAAAUGCUGCCUUGGGUAAUAUGGAACCCGAUGAUUGGAGAUGGCAUAUGUAUGAUACAAUUAAAGGAUCUGAUUGGUUAGGUGAUCAAGAUGCUAUUCAGUAUAUGACAGAGCAAGCUCCAAAAGCUGUUAUUGAAUUGGAGAAUUUUGGCAUGCCUUUUAGCCGAACUAAGGAUGGAAAAAUUUAUCAAAGAGGCUUUGGUGGACAAUCUUACAAUUACGGAAAAGGGGGUCAAGCUCAACGAUGUUGCUGUGUGGCUGAUAGAACAGGGCACUCUCUAUUGCACACGCUAUACGGAGAGUCCUUAAGAUAUGACACAAAGUACUUAAUAGAAUAUUUCGCACUCGACCUAAUAAUGGACCCAUCCGGGACGGAAUGCAUGGGAAUUAUGGCUCUAAAGUUGGAGGACGGUACUUUGCACAGGCUCAGGGCUAAAAAUACUAUCCUGACUACGGGAGGGUUCGGUCGAUCUUAUUUUUCAUGCACUUCCGCUCACACUUGCACGGGCGACGGUAACGGUAUGGUAGCGAGAGCAGGUCUGCCUAAUCAGGAUAUGGAAUUCGUACAAUUUCACCCCACUGGCAUUUAUGGGGCAGGAUGCCUCAUGACAGAGGGCUGCAGGGGCGAAGGGGGUUACCUGAUAAACUCUCUCAACGAAAGAUUCAUGCCCAAAUACGCCCCGAAGGCUAAAGACUUGGCUUCCCGGGACGUGGUAUCAAGGGCUAUUACCAUGGAGAUUAGGGAAGGGAGGGGAUGCGGGCCGGAAAAAGACCACGUUUAUAUCCAGCUGUCCCAUUUGCCUCGCGAGUUAAUAUUGGAGAGGCUGCCGGGUAUAUCAGAGACGGCCAAAAUAUUUGCGGGCAUCGACGCUACCACGCAACCCAUACCAGUUUUACCCACGGUUCAUUACAACAUGGGAGGAGUUCCAACCAAUUACAAAGGACAGGUUAUCACUUUAGACCGCAAAACGAAUACAACCAAAAUCGUGGACGGUCUAUGGGCAGCGGGGGAGUGCGCUUCUACCAGUGUGCACGGAGCGAACAGACUUGGCGCCAAUUCCUUGUUGGAUAUCGUGGUUUUUGGGCGAGCAAUAGCUAAUUAUAUAACUGAAAAUUACCGCCCUGGUCAAAAAAUGUCCGAAUUUGAAGACCGUGCCGGCGAAAAAACAAUAUCCGAUUUGGAUUCAUUAAUCCAGACGGCAUAUUCUCCAGAUAAAACCGAUCCUACACCAGCUGAAACUCGUCUCAAGAUGCAGAAAAUUAUGCAGGACUACGCGGCCGUCUUUAGGACAGAAGAAACGCUGAAAAAGGGAUGCGAGCUCAUAUCUCAAUGCUACGAGGAGGCUAAGCAUAUGAGAAUAACCGACAAAGGUCUUAUAUGGAAUUCGGAUCUAAUAGAAGCUCUGGAACUCAAAAACUUAUUGGUGACGGCCUGUCAAAUCAUGUUCGGAGCUGAGGCUAGGAAAGAAAGCCGAGGUGCUCAUGCCAGAGAAGAUUUUCCUAAAAGGGAAGAUGAAUUUGAUUACAGCAAGCCAAUAGAAGGGCAGACCAAACGCGACAUAACUCAGCACUGGAGGAAGCACACUUUAGCUUUCAUGGACACCGAUGGAGAUGGAAAAGUUGAAUUGAAAUUCAGACCUGUCAUUGAUCAUACGCUAAACGAUAAUUGCAAGCCAAUCCCUCCAGCUAUUCGAACGUAUUAAAUAAAACGCGAAAUUUUUUAUUUUGAAUAAUAUUAAUUUUGUUAUGAAAAAAAAAAAAAUUUAUAAAGAAAAGUUUGGGAAUUAGAAGUAUUAUAUUGUUCUUUAACGCAUACUCUAAAUAUGAAUAUAUAUAUUAUUUAUUGUAUUAAUUUUUGUUCGCAAUAUUAUAGGAGACAAAUUAUUAUAUGUAUUUUC